CCUUUCUUAGGCAUCAAAUUUCCCCAUGAAUCUUAAAGCAUAUGACUGUUACCCUCCUCGCCCCCACAGCACGUCCCGGUGUUACAUCACACGUGUCUGCCCACGCUUCUGCACGACCCCUGCGGAUCACGAAAGCCCUCGCCUGGCGCAGGACCGGUGCUGCUAUCACCAAGCCAGAGCUUUGUGGCCAGCCCUCGAGGUGGCUGGUCAUCGGCGGGAGACCGAGCCUGCAGCCGAGCUGCUGCGACGAUUCAGGGGGGUUUUUGGGUGGUUUUUUUUUCCUCCCUCUCAGCCAAUAAGAGCACCCGGAGGCACAUCUUCCCCCGCAGGAAGCAGGGCGGUCGCUCCUCUGGCCGGCGGGCUCCUCUCCUGCAGCGGUGGCGAUGGCACUGAACACCACCUGCAGCUUCGCGGCGCUUUGGUGCCUGGCACUCUGGAGCUUCACCGGGACUUCAGGUGCUACCUACGUCCCACCCCCUCAUUCCACCAUGAAGCCUGGCUCCCCUGUCCCCAUGAACACCGACAACCCUGGCGUUCGCAAGGCAGCUCGCUUUGGGGUUUACAGAUACAACAACAGUUCCAACGACCUCUUUCUGUUCAAGGAGUCACAAAUAAACAAGGCCAUGGUACAGAUUGUCAGAGGGCUGAAAUACAUGCUCCAUGUGGAAAUCAGGCGCACUGUGUGUGAGAAGAGGGAGCACUCCAGCCUGGACAGCUGUCACUUCCAGAGGAAAAAAAGCCUGCAACAGAUGCUGAGAUGCUAUUUUGAGGUCUGGAUGACACCUUGGUUACACAAAGCACGUGUCCCUGUUGCUCUCUGUCACUGACUCGCCUUUCCCCGUGAGAGCCUGACUUACAGGGCCUCUACCACCAUGAGUUCUUCCUUGCCUGGACUGCUGAGGCCAAAACUGAAGUGGGGAACAGCUGUGCAGAAUCACCACAGAGCUCUUCUCUUGAAGCACACCGUUGUUUUUCUCCCUGAGAAAGAUGCUCCAAAGCGACAAAGACAAGACCUGUAUUGACUGAAUUUAUUGCUAUCCAGCUGUGUAUCUGUUUUUCCAAAACUAAACUGCAGAUGAGAGCAUGUUGUCAUUCAUUCAGUAGAGCGUCAUCCGCACUCUGGCUGAAUUUCCAAACGGUGUGAGCACAAGCAGGAAGCUCUGUUGGGACUUGCUUUAUCCUAUGACGAAUCUCCAUGCAGCUGUGAUGUAAACAAGUCUAAACCACAGCACAUGUGACUACAACACUGAGGAAAGCAUUACAACAGUGGGAUAGUUUGCUCGGGGAUACAUACACACACACACACACACACACACA